UUGUUUGUGUGGUGCCGCCGCCGGUGCAGCCGCCGCCGCCGCCGCCGCUGCCCCCGUCUGUACCGCAGUGUCUGCUCCGCCCGCCCGCCUGGUCCGGCCCGCCCCCAUCUCUCACCCCCACCCCUGGUCCCGUCAUCGGGGUCCGGAACCCACUGUGCCAUCGCCUCUUCCUUUUUCGACGCCUCCGCCGCCUGAGGAGGCGAGCUAGCCGGGAGUUACAUCGCCACCGCCAGAAGACUAAGAGAAUAUGGAGAAAUUGGAACCCUCCUACACUGCUGGUUUUAAUAUAAAAUGGUGCUGCUACUUUGGAAAGGAAUCCCUCAAGAUGUUCAACAAAGAAUACCAUAGGACCCAGCAAUUCUACUUCUAGGAUGGAUAGAAUGACAGAAGAUGCUCUUCGCUUGAAUCUGUUGAAGCGGAGCUUGGACCCAGCAGAUGAGCGAGAUGAUGUCCUGGCCAAGCGACUCAAAAUGGAGGGGCAUGAGGCCAUGGAACGUCUGAAAAUGUUAGCACUGCUCAAACGGAAGGAUUUGGCAAAUCUUGAAAUGCCACAUGAGUUACCCACCAAACAGGAUGGCAGUGGUGUCAAGGGCUUUGAAGAGAAACUCAAUGGAAAUCUCAGGCCGCAUGGAGACAACAGGACUGCUGGAAGGCCAGGCAAAGAAAACAUCAAUGAUGAGCCUGUGGAUAUGAGUGCUAGACGGAGUGAGCCAGACCGAGGAAGGCUAACUCCCUCCCCAGACAUCAUUGUUUUAUCUGAUAAUGAGGCUUCCAGUCCUCGUUCCAGCUCCCGAAUGGAAGAGAGACUCAAAGCAGCCAACCUAGAGAUGUUUAAGGGGAAAGGCAUUGAGGAACGGCAGCAGCUCAUCAAGCAGCUGAGGGAUGAGCUGCGAUUGGAAGAAGCUCGACUGGUGCUGUUAAAGAAACUGAGACAGAGUCAGCUACAGAAAGAGAAUGUGGUGCAGAAGACUCCAGUUGUACAGAAUGCAGCAUCUAUUGUUCAGCCAUCUCCUACCCAUGUGGGACAGCAGGGCCUCUCUAAGCUUCCCUCUCGGCCUGGGGCCCAAGGGGUUGAACCUCAGAAUUUGAGAACAUUACAGGGUCAUAGUGUCAUCCGUUCAGCAACUAAUACCACCCUCCCACACAUGUUGAUGUCUCAGCGUGUUAUUGCACCAAACCCAGCCCAGCUGCAGGGCCAGCGGGGCCCACCUAAGCCUGGCCUCGUACGCACCACAACACCCAAUAUGAAUCCCACCAUCAAUUACCAACCGCAGUCAAGUUCUUCUGUUCCCUGUCAGCGCACAACAUCCUCUGCCAUCUAUAUGAACCUUGCCUCCCAUAUCCAGCCAGGGACCGUGAACAGAGUGUCCUCACCACUUCCUAGCCCCAGUGCCAUGACUGAUGCUGCCAACUCACAGGCUGCAGCCAAAUUGGCUCUUCGCAAACAGCUGGAAAAGACACUCCUGGAGAUUCCACCUCCUAAACCUCCUGCUCCCUUGCUUCACUUUCUGCCUAGUGCAGCCAAUAGCGAGUUCAUCUACAUGGUAGGCUUGGAAGAAGUUGUACAGAGUGUUAUCGACAGCCAAGGCAAAAGCUGUGCCUCACUUCUGCGGGUCGAACCCUUUGUUUGUGCCCAGUGCCGCACAGAUUUCACCCCUCAUUGGAAGCAAGAGAAGAAUGGUAAGAUUCUAUGUGAGCAAUGUAUGACCUCCAACCAGAAGAAGGCUCUAAAAGCUGAACACACCAACAGGCUGAAAAAUGCUUUUGUUAAAGCCCUACAGCAGGAACAGGAAAUUGAACAGCGAUUACAGCAGCAGGCAGCCCUCUCCCCCACUACGGCUCCAGCUGUAUCCAGUGUCAGUAAGCAAGAGACCAUAAUGAGACAUCAUACGCUUCGGCAGGCUCCACAGCCCCAAAGCAGCCUCCAGCGCGGCAUACCCACAUCCGCCCGUUCCAUGCUCUCCAACUUUGCACAGGCACCUCAGCUGUCUGUGCCAGGUGGCCUCCUUGGUAUGCCAGGUGUCAACAUUGCAUACUUGAACACUGGCAUCGGAGGACACAAAGCCCCCAGUUUGGCAGACCGACAGCGGGAAUACCUUUUAGACAUGAUCCCUCCCCGGUCUAUAUCGCAGUCCAUCAGUGGACAGAAAUAACGCCUGUUCCACUUGUACUGCCCCACCCUUGAAUUCUUUACCCCCCCCCCCCCCCCCGUUGGCCCCAACUUCCGUCGCAUGCAGUGCCUGUACUGGUGCCUACCAUACACGGAAAACAAAACAGAAGACAAAAAAUAGAAAUCAACAAGAAAAUGUAUGCCCUGCCCCACUCCCUCCCCUUUGUUUCACACUGCUGCCGUCUGUUCUUCUACCACUCUGUCUCUUCUCUUCAGUUUCAACAGUGAGGUGGAUCUUCGCCUCUGGUAGAGGUCAAAAUGAGGUCCUGGGGAGAAACCUAAGCCCUCUGACGAGUGUUUCUAAAGUUUGUUUUUAUGCUAUAAUUAUUAUUAUUAAUGAUGUUGCGUGCCCUCCCUUGUUCAGUGGACGGUUAGACCUUUUUAUUUUCCCCCAAUAUUUUUCUUUUUCUUUUUUGGUUCUUUUUCUUUUAUAUAUAUAUACACACAAGUGACAUUCAGUUAAAUGAUAGGAGCAUUGCAGUAGGGUCCCAGCUGCCAGGUAGGACAUGACUAGGAGUGUUAGGGCAGAAGUUUUAUGCACUUAACCAAGGGGGGGGGUGCUGGUGGCAUCAGGCGAGAAGGACCAGCACGCCCACUGUGGAGUCUCUGGGCUGGGCAGUGUGGAAGGCAGUGGUCGGUAGUGAAGUUGGGCUCCUGUGAAUGAGGGGAAAGAGCCUAGAGGGAGAAGCUUUAAAACUUGACCACCUGGAAUGAGCUCGUAGAGAAGGAGGAGAAAGGGGCAUGAUGAUGAGCAUAAUGUUGAGCCAAGGAGGACUGAGACCAGUUCCUGGCCUUCAGGAUGCUGGGGGAAUAAGAUUGGUCUCAUGACCCCAGUGGAAACAUGAAAGUAUAUUCCAGGCCAACUAGCCCAAAAUAAUUAUUUCAUCUUUCUUCAUAAAAAAAUUUUCCCCACCCCUACUUUUUUUUUUUAAUCCUAAUCUGCCCCUGGUAACCACAGCCCCAUUUGUACUACAGAGGGAUGGCUGUUCCCUUCCUGACUUGGCUGGGAACCCUAGAGCUGGAAUGGACAUGAAUGAGUAAAAUGGCAAAGAGGAAAUAGGCUUAGAGGAAGGAAGAAGGGCUUUCCCUCUUGAAAACCCGAGGCUCACAUUCUUCUCUCUCUUCACCCUCUGAGUGCCAGGAGGCAAGGGCACCUGCUCAGAUCGGAGUCCUGCUGCGACCCUGCUGCACUAAUUGCAGAGCCAGCUGCUCAGAACCAGGCCCCUGGUGUCCACACCAGCUUCAGGCCUCCACCAAAAAAGUAUUUGUCACAACCCCUCCUCCCCCAUUCCCAAGUUUGAUUAAUUUUGCCUUUUUUUUCUUUUCUCUCUUAAGCGCUACUAAUAUAGAGAAUGAAUUGAAUCGUGCAAUGUUGCUGUUCUGGGAACUGGGGAGAUUAGCAUCCCAUUUGCCCAUACCAUGGGGGAGGGGGAGGGGACCAGACUGUUUUUGAGGUAAGGGAAGUCCUGUAAAGGUGGGGUUUCUGCUCUCAUAGUGUGUACCCGUCUGCCUCCAGCUCUGGAAGCUAGUGCAACGCGAGGGAGGGAUGCUCUCAGCGCAGAGAUGGGAAGAGGACUCGAACGUUUUGCCCUUGAAAGCCACCUGGGGAAGUUCCCCCACUUUUAUUUCUUAAAAUUUAUUUUUUAAAAGUAAGAAGGCACUUUUAAAAUUAACACACACACAAACCGCACAUCUUUCCCGAAGUUUGGGGACGGGAUGGGAGAAGGAGCUAGAAUCAGGCUCAGUUCUUCCCACUCUGGCCUCUAUUUCCCAUACCCCAGAGCCACUGUGGGUGAUUAUACUGGCCCUGUAGGCCUUCCUGGCUUUUGUCUUUCCUCCCUUCCCCCAAUUCAUUGAGCACUUAAUAAAGGAGCAGAGAUACAGCCUGUGUCUGGGCUCCCCCAAUAGUGAAAUGAUCUGGAAGCUAGACACUAGUAACAGGUAGUGAUGGGGUCAUUUCGAGUAUUUUUCUGGGGAAUGUGGUGCCCCUGACUGUAAGUGGUGGUGGGGGGGAGUAAUGGAACUGGGUGUGGGAUUAUUUUAAAAUUAUAUAUAUAUAUAUAUAUAAAGAUAUAUUCUUACAUCUUUUCUUUGCCCUCUGUGCUUUGAAAGCACUGGAUAAAUCGUUUGGUUUUGCUUUUCUCUCUUCCAUGAAAUUGGAAGCUUUUUUUAAAAAUAUAUUUCCCUACAAGUCAUCUUGCCUUGUGGCAUGUCUUUUUAGCUUCUUCCUCUCCCCCCACCCAUGAUGAAGUGCCAUUUCUGUUAUCUCCCCUCCCCCAGCUCAGAGGCACUCAAGAGGUAUGAUGUGCCCAAGUUUGUCAGUUGAGAUUAAAAGUAAGGAACAGAGAAUGUGCAAUAUCGUUUGGCUGGGGCUGUCCCUGCCCUGAGCUGAGCCCCUUCCCUGGGAGCCAGGCCACCUUUGAAUAGGGUUUGGGAGUAAUAUGUGUAGAGAAGGGGGAAUGAUGGGGAAGGAAAUCCUGUAGCUGGGUGCCUGCCAAGGUGCUGAGGCGGUGGGGGAGAGGGUGGAGUCUUCCCUGUUUUUAUCCCCUCAGGGUCAAUUACAUAGAGGCUGCUUAUUAACUAGUAUAGCUCCGUGACCCUUGGCUCAAUCACUGAGGUUUAAUUUCUUACUCUCCCCAUUUUCAUACCCUUCCCAGGGAUUAGUGAUGGGGGUAAGGUUUCCCUAAUCAUGGUAAAGUAUUAGCCUUCCACCUCCUUCCUUCGUUCCCUCCCUCUCCCCUGUGCUUCUGUCUUCCUCAUUUCUUCACUUUUUCAUCACUCAUUGCUUUGUAUCCCUCCAAGCCUGUUGUUGCUGUCCAUCCCUAGGCCCUGGGCCCCAUAGACACUAAACCUCGUGUUCUAAAGAUAGGAGGACAGGUUCUCUGUUCAGUUAUCCUUUACACUCUAGAGCUCUGAAGCUCAGGGUCAUAUAGUGAGGAUCGCACUAGUUCUGCCUGGCUUUCUCCAUCUCCAGAGACUCUCAAAGUAGUUUACGGACAGUGGCUUAUUCACUAGAACCUUGAAACGGGUGGAUGAGUGAUGAGGGUGAAGCUGAGGGACAGAGGUCUUUAUUCGUCUCUCUCUCUCUCUUUUUUUUUUUUUUUUUAAUUACUUGACCACAGCAUCUGAACUUUCUUUCCUCCAUCCUUGGAAUAAGUAUUUUUUUCCACAUUUUUGGAUGUAUGUAUGGUAGACAUUUUUUUUUUAAGACAGAGAUAAAUGUGUUCCUGCUUUGGUUACCUUUCCUUUCCCCCUUUAAAAAGAAUUAGCUGUAGAACUGCUUUGUAAAGAUGCUUCUUGAUAUUUUACGUUUGUUCCUUUUCCCAACCACUCCCUUUUCUCCACUCCUCCAGAAGGCAUAACCCUUCUCAGCACCCACCCAACCCCAGUCCUAGGUCCGUUCCCCUCCAACAAGACCUUCAUUAGCUUAUGAUAUUUGCUGCGGAGAUGUUAUAACAAGGACUCAUUCGUGUAUAUAAGCUAUUUCUUGAUCCAUUUAAAAGGAAUUGUACAUUGUGUAGAAAAAAAAACUGAAAAAGAGAAAAAAAAGCCCUAGCCAUGGAUAUUGUGAAA